AUGGAGACUGCAGUGUUCAGCUGCUGGCUCCUUUUCCUGCUGUUCAGUCCAGCUGUUCCCAUGUGUUUACCCACUGACUUCACCCUGUAUGUGGAAAGGCCAGAGUGUGACUUUUGUGUGGCCAUCAACACUACCAUCUGCAUGGGAUUUUGCUACUCAAGGGACAGCAACAUGAGGGGUAUACUCGGCCCACGCUUCCUUAUCCAGAGAGGCUGCACUUAUGACAAGGUGGAAUACCGCACGGCUAUACUCCCCGGUUGCCCCCUCGACGCCAACCCCGUCUUCACCUACCCCGUGGCUCUCAGCUGCCACUGCGGCGCCUGCAGGACUGACAGCGAUGAGUGCGCACACAGGGCCAGCGUGGACGGAGCUAGGUGUACCAAACCAGUCAGACGUCUCUACCCUUACCCUGGCCAAACCAACUACAUGAUCCCUUUCUGA